AUGGAAUCUAGUUUCGGACCAGACAGUUGCGAACUGUACGAUCCAGCAUCGAAUGGGUGGAGUACAGCCGCUAACAUGUCAUCAGCUCGUUAUCGGCUUACUGCAACUUUAUUAUCAUGUGGAAAAGUACUUGUAACGGGUGGUUUCGAUGAACGGGCCAAGAGAUUGUCUAGUUGUGAGCUAUACGAUCCAAUAUUGACUAGGUGGAACACAGCCGCUAAAAUGUCAUCAGCCCGUUAUGGGCAUACUGCAACUUUAUUAUCAUGUGGAAAAGUGCUUGUAACAGCUGGCUAUGGUGGAUCUCAAACCUUAUCUAGUUGCGAACUAUAUGAUCCAACAUCGAAUAGGUGGAGUACAGCCGCUAACGUGUUAUCGGCACGUCAUGUGCAUACCGCAACUUUAUUAUCAUGUGGAAAAGUACUUGUAACAGGUGGCACUGAACGGGCUAAGAGCUUGUCUAGUUGCGAACUGUAUGAUCCAAUAUCGAAUAGGUGGAGUACAGCCACUAACAUGUCAUCAGCGCGUCAUGUGCAUACUGCAACUUUAUUGUCAUGUGGAAAAGUACUAGUAAUAGGUGGUAUCGACGGGUCUCAAAAGUUGUCUAGUUGCGAACUGUACGAUCCAGCAUCAAAUAGGUGGAGUACAGCCACUCACAUGUCAUCAGCCCGUUAUGGGCAUACCGCAACUUUAUUAUCGUCUGGAAAAGUACUUGUAACGGGUGGUUUUGAUGAGCGGGCUCAGAGAUUGUCUAGUUGUGAACUCUACGAUCCAACAUCGAAUAGGUGGAGUACCGCCGCUAACAUGUCAUCAGCCCGUUAUGGGCAUACUGCAACUUUAUUGUCAUGUGGAAAAGUGCUUGUAACAGGUGCUUCUAAUGGAUCGAGUGCUAAAGUUUAUGAUUAA